AUGUCUAAGAGCAAGACGUCAAAUUCUACCGGUGAGACUGGAAAGACCAACGGCGAGACUGAAAAUACUAAUGGCAAGGUCCAUGACAACACCACCAAGGUCACGAAGACGAAGAAGGACAAGAAGAAGAAAGAUGGAGAAAAGAAGGAUAUGAAGACAAACGGUGAGAAGGCAAAUGGUACGAAGACAGAUGGUAAAAAGAAGGAGGAUGACAUGGAGAUUGACGAUGAUGUUGGGACCGACCUAAACGACUUGGGUGAGGAUGACUCAGAUGUCACAGACCUCACAGAUAUCUCGAUGGCAGAUGAUGAUCUUAAUGGCACUACUGUUGGGGCUCCAAAAAGAUGGGUUGAUGAUGAGCCCGAUAUCGAUGAGGAUGAUGUUGAGGCGCAGAUUACACGUUGUCAAGAACGUAUUAUAGAAGGAAAGAUGCAAGAGUACUACGGAGACAAAUUGAAGAUGCUUGUAAAGAAGAAAUUACAUCGAGAUGAUACCAUGGCAAGAUGGCCCAAAAUGUCUUUCCAAGUAGCAAAGCGACUGGAUUUUUUCAAAGGCCUCAAAGAACAUCUUCAUGAGAACGGAGAUAAGCACAAAGUCCGUUCGACAAUAGAGGCAAUCAUGAAGCAAUAUCUGACAAAGAAUCUGGACUGGGUUCCAGGAAGUGUCACAUAUUGGUCUUAUGGAAAACAACUCACUCAGCCAAAGCCUUUUGACUGGGAUGAGUUCCUCGAUUUGAAUACCGAAUAUGAAGGUUGGUCAGGAUUUUGGGUUGAAGGGGUUCCAAUUGCCCUCCGAAUCAUUCGACGACCAGUACAUUCAGGCGAGAUGGGAAACACAACGAUAGAUCCUAACUGGAACCGAGAUGAACACCGUCCCACGCUACACCAAAUGCGCUACCGGCAAAGCAGAGUUCCAUUAAAUCCAGUGGAUGAUGAUGAUGAUCCGCUCGCUGGCUCCCAGCCUCCCAUUAGACCUCUUAUAUUGCCUGGCCCUUUACAGUCGACCUACUAUGAUCCACAGGACCCCCAUGAGCAUCAGAUCAUUUGGAUGAAUGACGAUACUGGAUCUGAUAUAUGUACAUUAAACCAAUCAGACAUUGACAGUCUGGUACUGAAGGCUCAAGAACAGCACGAGGAUGCCGAAUUACCACCUCUACUGGGUUAUAUCCAGACUUGGGUCGGAGGAAAGACAUUUUACGAGGUAGCCAGAACGUUGCAGAUCAACUUGCGGGGUGGUGAUGGAAAAUUAAUGAUGAAGAAAUGGGAUAACAUAGAAGUUGCCAUAGCGGAGGAUGAUGCAGAUCCACAAAUCUAUGAGCCCAUCAGAUUGAUAGGACCUUGGUUGAGACACAGAUUUUACACUGCGACAAGUCCCGAUGGCACGAAUCGUCUUUAUAUUGUGAAGAAGAUGCGAAGACUUUUCCAUCUAAAUCAUGUAAAUAUUGGAUAUUCGGGUCUCUUGCCAGGUUUGACUGUAACCCAAACCAUGGGGCGAGACGAAAUUGCAGCGAGUGGAGGCCACAUGAGACGGCGACGCCAAACAGUCCCUCCCGCGGACUCCUAA